CUUAAUCAAUCCCGCAUCGCCACGUGUCCCCAUCCAAUAGCCCUCAUUUUAGCUCUCCGAGAACUUCCCCCAACUCCUCUCCACCGCAUAGCUCGCCGCCUUCUCCUUCUCUCCCCUUCCUCCUCCUCCGCCGGAGACACCCUCUCGCCGUCCGAUCUGUCUCCGUCUCCGUUUCCCGAACUCCUAUUCCCAAGGAACACUCUAAAUCUUGAACCCUUUUCUUUCCCGGGUUUUGCGCCGGGUAUGGAGGAUGGCGAGGCCAAGAGAAUGGCCGCCGCCUCCGCUGCUUCCGCCGCGUGCGACGCCGUAUGGGAUCGAGUGAUACCGUACAUUCAGGACCCGCGGGACAGGGCGUCGGUGUCUCUGGUGUGCAAGCGGUGGUACGACAUCGACGCCAUCACGCGCAAGCACGUGACGAUGGCGCUCUGCUACACCGCCACGCCGCGCCAGCUGUCGCGCCGCUUCCCCCACCUGGAGUCGCUCAAGCUCAAGGGAAAGCCACGCGCCGCCAUGUUCAACCUCAUCCCGGAAGAUUGGGGCGGCUACGUCACUCCCUGGGUCGAGGAAAUCGCGCGUUCUUUCCGGCAAUUGAAGUUUCUCCACUUCCGCAGGAUGAUUGUGGGAGAUUCCGAUCUGGAGAUUCUGGCCAGCUCCCGCGCUAGGGUUCUUCAGUCUCUCAAGCUCGACAAGUGCUCUGGAUUCUCCACUGAUGGUCUCUUGCAUAUCAGCCGUUCUUGCAGGAACCUAAGAACUUUGGUUCUUGAAGAGAGCACUAUAGUUGAGAAGGAUGGGGAGUGGCUUCAUGAGCUUGCUGUGAACAACAAAGUUCUUGAAAAUCUCAACUUUUACAUGGCAGAGCUUUCCAGAGUAUCACCUGAAGACAUUGAACUGAUAGCCAGGAACUGCCCAAACCUUGUAUCCAUGAAAAUCUGCGAAACCGACAUGUCUGCCCUUUUCGGUUUCUUUCGGGCAGCAACCUCCUUGGAAGAGUUUGCGGGUGGUGCGGUUAGCGAGCAACCGGACCUCAUUGGACCGUACACCGAUGUGAAGUUUCCUCGCGGACUUUGUUCUCUUGGGCUUACGUAUUUGGGCAAAAACGAACUGCCCAUUCUCUUUCCCAUCGCUUCCCGCCUCAAGAAGUUGGAUCUUCUUUAUGCAUUUCUUGACACAGAAGGGCACUGCUUCUUGCUGGAAAAAUGUGUCGUCUUGGAAGUCUUGGAGGCAAGGAAUGUAAUUGGAGACAGAGGAUUAGAAGUGGUGGGAAGGUGUUGCAAGAGGUUAAAGAGGCUGAGGAUCGAGCGAGGAGCCGACGAACACGGAAUGGAAGACGAAGAAGGGUCGGUGACUCAGAGAGGACUCAUUGCAUUAUCCAAAGGCUGCCCGCAACUCGAAUACUUGGCCGUAUAUGUCUCGGAUAUUACGAACCAAGCGUUGGAUUCCAUUGGGUAUCACUUGAAACGCCUCUCCGAUUUCCGGUUGGUUCUUUUGGAUCGCGAAGAGAGGAUCACGGACCUCCCGCUCGACAGUGGGGUCCGCUCGCUCUUGAGGGGUUGCUGUUUGCUUAGGAGGUUCGCUCUGUAUCUCCGGGCAGGCGGGCUGACCGACGAGGGGCUGAGGUAUGUGGGCCAGUACAGCCCAAACGUGAGGUGGAUGCUGCUCGGGUACAUCGGGGAGACGGACGACGGGCUUCUGGAGCUCUCCAACGGGUGCCCGGCGCUACAGAAGCUCGAAGUGAGGGGAUGCUUCUUUAGUGAACGGGCGCUCGCUAUGGCGUCCUUGAGGAUGAGGUCUCUGAGGUACUUGUGGGUCCAAGGGUUUCGCUCGUCCCAAACCGGGCAGGAUUUGUUGCUCAUGGCCCGCCCGUUUUGGAACAUUGAGGUCAUCCCCGCCCGACGGGUCGCUUCCACAGGCAACAAUGGGGAGACCGUGGUCGCCGACCAUCCUGCCCACAUACUCGCGUAUUACUCGCUUGCCGGACGGAGGACGGAUUUCCCGGACACUGUCCGUUGUCUUGACACCAACAACACUGGUUAUGGAUUUGUGUGAAUAUUAAUAUUACUUAGUAUUGUGAAGUCUUUUUUUUCUUCAAAGAAAGGGAUUUUCCACAGUUGUGUUUGCCACAAAUACCACUUUUGAAAUGUGUAAUCCAUUUUGAAGGGGAAAAGAAAUAAAAAAAAAGAACAGUUCCUUGCUCUUUUUAUGUGGUUUUUCUUAGGUGCUGUUUGGUAAGACAUAAUGAAAUGCAUCUGUUUUG